CAGACAUCCUUUCUUCUGCUCUGGAACCCCAGCUGCUCCUUUCCAUCUCGGUAGGCUGCAUCAUCCUCAGGCAGACUGGACACUUUACGUAAAUCACCUUCUCAACCAGCUGCCUGAGCUGUUACUAUCCCAGAAAAGGAGAACAUUACCCCAUCUACAGAGACAUGUAGACCAGAGAGACCCGGAGUGUCAGGAGAAACACCAGCUAUAUUCAUGUAGAGGGGUCUUGGAAGGGGAUCAAGCUCAAAACCAAGAGGAGAAGGAUUUCCACAGUAAGCACAGUAUUUAAAAACAGAAAAGAAAGUGGCAAUACGGAGAGAAAGCUCCAUCACAAAUAUGAAAGAAAUGACUGAAAAAGUUCCAUCGGAGCAUGUCAUUGGGAGCCAGGAUACAGAUCUGGAUUUGUCGGCAAAGAGGAGAUUCAGAGACAGUAUUUUUUGCUCUGAAGAGGAUAACAAUCUGUAUUUCACCUACAGUGGCAAAUCAAAUGUCCUAGAGGUCAGAGAGCUCAACUACCAGGUUAACAUGGCAUCUCAGAUUCCCUGGUAUGAGAACCUAGCAGAGAUGAAAAUGCCUUGGAUGUGGAACACAGGCGCAGAUUCCCAUGUGCCAGCAAUCCAGAAUCUGAACUUUAAAGUUCAAAGUGGCCAGAUGCUAGCUAUUAUAGGAAGCUCUGCCUGUGGAAAAACAUCCUUACUUGAUGUGAUAACCUGUCGAGAUCACGGUGGCAAAAUUAAGUCUGGCCAAAUCAUAAUCAAUGGACAACCCAGUACUCACCAGCUUGUUAAGAAAUGCAUUGCACAUGUGCGGCAGGAUGAUCGACUACUACCCAGCCUAACUGUCAAAGAAACCUUAUUAUUCGUUGCAAAACUGCGGCUCCCGAAGACUUUUUCAGACUCACAAAGGGAAAAAAGGGUGGAAGAUGUUAUAGCAGAACUGCGGUUACGACAGUGUGCAAACACAAGAGUAGGGAAUGAAUACAUCCGAGGUGUGUCGGGGGGAGAAAGGCGAAGGGUAAGCAUUGGAGUGCAGCUGCUGUGGAACCCUGGAAUACUGAUACUUGAUGAACCCACAUCUGGACUAGAUAGUUUUACUGCUCACAAUCUUGUGAUUACACUAUCCAGGCUUGCCAGAGGAAACAGAUUAGUUCUCCUUUCAGUUCACCAGCCCCGAUCAGAUAUCUUCCAACUCUUCGAUUUAGUUCUUCUGAUGACCUCUGGAACUACCAUCUAUUCUGGAACAGCCCGGAGCAUGGUCCAAUAUUUCACAGAAAUAGGCUAUCCCUGCCCAAAAUUCAGCAAUCCUGCAGAUUUCUAUGUUGAUUUGACCAGCAUUGAUAACCGGAGCACAGAGAAGGAGAUGGAAAGUCAGAAAAGGGCAAGGUCACUUGCCACCUUGUUCUGGGAGAAGGUCAAAGAUUUUGAUGAUUUCUUAUGGAAAGCUAAUGAAGGAGACUGUGUGACAACUGUUUACAGUGAACAAAGUUCCCUUUUCACUCCAGAAGAGGUGAUUAACAUGCAUUCCCAUUCAACUGAUCAGUUACCAGGUGGCUUAAAGCAGUUUACUGUAUUAUUCAGUCGUCAAAUCUCCAGUGACUUCAGAGAUCUUUCAACGUUAUUAAUCCAUGGAUCUGAGGCCCUUCUAAUGUCAUUAUUAAUUGGAUUCUUAUACUAUGGUCAUGAGAAAACCAAGCUAUCUAUUCAGGACACAGUAGCACUGUUGUUUAUGAUAGGUGCACUAAUCCCCUUCACAGUGCUUUUGGAUGUUAUUGCAAAAUGUCAUUCAGAAAGAGCUAUGCUUUAUCAUGAUUUAGAAGAUGGGAUGUAUACUGUUACUCCCUACUUCUUUGCUAAGAUUUUGGGGGAGCUCCCAGAACACUGUGCUUUUGUAAUAAUUUAUGGAGUUCCUAUCUACUGGCUGACAAAUCUCAAUCCUGAACCAGAACAUUUCCUCCUUAACUUCCUGGCAGUCUGGCUUGUGGUUUUCUGUGCCCGAGCAAUGGCACUAUGGAUGGCAGCACUGCUCCCAACACUGCAGUUGUCAGCCUUCUUUGGCAAUGUGCUUUUCACAACCUUCUUCCUGAGUGGUGGUUUCGUGGUAAGCCUAGAAAGCCUGUGGCUAGUUCCAUUUUGGAUUUCUAAAAUAUCUUUUGUCAGAUGGAGUUAUGAAAGCCUGAUGCAAAUUCAGUUCACUGAACUCACAUACCAAAUGACCGUUGGAAAUGCUACCUUUCAAAUCCCAGGGAAACUUGUAAUUCAGGCUAUGAAUCUGGACUCGUAUCCUCUCUAUGCAAGCUACCUCAUCCUCGUCGGUAUUAUUAGUGGUUUCAUGGUUUUAUACUACUUAUCUCUGAGGUUUAUCAAGCAGAAAUCAAAUCAAAAUUGGUAACAGAUUUUCUUGUGAAUGAGUUUACUGGCAGGAAUGUUCAGGGAAUCAACAGAAGAAUAGAAAUCUGAUUCUAAGGGUUAUACUCGUCCAAUGAGGAAACAGAAACAAUGCCACAUGACCAAGAGAGCUCAAACGUUAUGCAGAGAAGACUCUCAAUGACUUGCUUAUGAACAAUCCACAGAUGAAGACUUAAUCAUUGAAGUUAUUAGGUGAAAAUAAAUGCAUGAAAAUUGUAAAACCAUGGCAAUUCACAAAUAAAUACAGGCUAAACUAACUGAACAAAUUAUCUACUAUGAAUUAUUUGCUAUGCUCUUUUCUAAUGUCUGUGCUAGCAUUAUCUGAUAAGAUAGUUGCUACCUCGGCUGGCCCAAUGCCUGACAGCAAUAUCCAGUAUGCUCAUUACAUGGCAGCCACUUUAGGGCUUGGUCUGUAGCAUUCC